CGGGUCCCGGCAAAUAUAACUCCUCUGUAACGGGUACUACUUGGAAAAACACAAAAGAUGUUUGUCCUGCACCAAACAGCCAUUGGACACUGAUGUUAUAGCGAUGUUUCUGUUCACCGUCUCCACCUUACCGCUUAGGCAGGCUUCAACACUGGGCCAUAAAAAUGCUGCUAAGAAAGUCUACAGAUUAUUUGUACAGAGAGCUCAUGGAAAAUGUCCUGUGACUUUUCAUCAAAGAUUUGCAUCGAAUGCGCCAAAUUUGAAGUCUCAUCCUUCACCAGAUAGCAGUGUAGCAAAACUGGCUGCUGAAGAGAUUCCCGUCAGUUCAGACAUCGGGAAGAAGCACAUAGUGCCUAUGUAUGACGUGGAUAAGGUUUCAAGGGACUGUCAUAUCAUCUAUCACCGACGCCUUUACUUGAUUGGGAUCAAACAAACCUUUUACGUUUCUCUUGGAGCAUUCGCAAUGCUAAGCUUUGGAACGUUUGUGUGUAUGAACUCGGGGGAGGCUGAAGAUGUCCUGAUUCCACUUUUAGAUAUUGAAGUUCCUGACAUUCUUUUAGGAUAUGUAUGCCUUAUAUCUUUCAUGAUAGUCAAUGUUGCAUUUAACUUAUAUCGGCAGAACAAACUGUCUGUAAUAAGGGUUUAUCAAACACCAAAACCAGACAGGUACAUAGCAAUUGUGAUAGAUGGCUUAAAAAAACAGAAAACUGUGGAAUUUGGUCUCGAUGAUUUGACGCCAACAAAUUAUGGAAGAAAGAUAAAAAAGGGUAAUGCCAAGAUUGGUGACAGAAUCGUGGCACUGCACUUGGAUGACUUUAUAAAUGACUCAUACUACAACAAGCUGUUCAAACUGGAAAAAAGACCCAUAAAUAUGAAACGGAAAACUACAACAUUACCCAGGACAGAAGAAGCAAGGAUUACCAAUGACAAAUGUGAUAGUUAGAAAAUUAGGAUAUUUUAUUUGCUUGUAGCACGAUGCUGUUAUUGAAUUAUUAAAUUAUAACUGUUUAUUUAUAUCAGAGUGAUUGAUUCAAUGAUUUGAGAAUCCUCUUACCUUGCUUCCAAUGAGCUGAACAUAUGUUAAAAAUAUUUCUUUUAUAAGUAUGGUAUUUUUUUUCUUGAGUUCUUAUGAAAUAAAUUUUAUUUUAUCCAGAUUGAUAAGUGAAAACCAAGGUUUAAGACUUUGCAUGUGUUCUAAUUUUGCAGUGAUCCAUGGAUGUGUUUCAAUAAAACUUUGCAAUCUUCAAAACAUGGAAUAGUUUAGUGUGCUGUCUCUGUGACAUAUCUUGUUUAUUUAAUGUCACUUAGAACUGCUUCACUUUUACCCCUCGGAAUAUACAUGUACUUGUAAAUGAUGUCAGAGUGACAACCAAUAAAAUAAACAUAUUCA